AUGAAGUGUACAAGACUGUGCUUUACCAUAACAAUACUGAUGACUAUAAUAGGCAAAUACUGCACAGGAAUGGUUGGAACCGACCACCAUCAUCAACACAAUGGCCAUCAUCAUCCACAUCAUCAUCAUCAUCACCACCAUAAUCAUCACAAUCUCCAUCAACAGCAGCGGUUAACUGAUCAGUUAAACAGGAUAAAACGGAUAACUGAUACUGACAUGGAAACGUUUCCUUACAAAAACUUCACUUCAAAACCAGCAAAACUUGACGAGUCGGCAAUUAUGUACAAGCCGAGCAAGUUUGAUGACAACGUUCACGAUACAGUGCAUGUUGACAUGCUGGAGAAUGGAACGCAAGUCGAGGAUACUUCAGAUGACAUCGGGAGAGGGACGAUUUUGAUGACUAAGGCCCAACCAGAUCCAGAGACUGACAAUUUCAGCGGUUCUACAUCAAACCUUGUGAGGACUCAAAGGAAAAGUGUGACACCUGCCUCAAGAAGCAAAACCACGUCUCAUCAUGAAUCAAGUUUCCACCCGGGGAGUCUCUCCCGGUUCAACAGCCUCGUAGUUUCUAGUCAGGCACAGCGAAGGUUUGUCAGGUUUCCUCCAAACUCGGAUUUCCCAACAGGACCGUUAAGGCCUAGCAGACCUCUUGUUCCACCCCAUCCUGGUCACUGGGUGCCUCCUACUGCACCUUUUCAUCCAGGCUUUCAGCCACCAGUUCCAUCGGUGGGCCCAAGAAGUCCUCGGUUAGUUUUCAAAGACCCAGUUGAACCGGGGACCAUUCAAGCUUCGCUUUUCAAUCAAAAUGGCUUCCAAGAUUUGACUGCACCAGAAGAGAACAGAGAUAUUUGGUCAGAGGCGAGUGAUUCAAAGACGAAAUGUAGCAGUGGCAGUUGUGAGUUCUUCCUGUCUUGCUGGAUGACGUCGGGCCUUAUCGAAGGCACAUGUGGCGGACUGCUGUAUGCUUGUUGUCAUAGGAACACCGCGAAAACAAGCGAGCACCAUGGACCUCUGGUGACCAACGACAUUCCAGUGCCCGCUAACUAUGGCCCAGUGGUGAACGACCCCCGUAAGUUGACUGACAUUCUAAGCACAACUACUACUUUAGCGUCAGCCAGACAGGUCCAGGUGACUUUGGGCGAUUAUGUAAUAAAUUCGGCAGUGGAACCAUUACCAGCUUACACGUUUGGAGUUAGAUUCAAGUUCACUCCACAGGCGGACAGAUUCGACGUAGCAGUUCUAAGAUUGGAUCGACCAGUACAGUACAUGGCUCAUAUUGCACCGAUUUGUUUGCCAGAAAAAGGCGAGGAUUUCCUGGGUCAAUUCGGUUGGGCGGCUGGAUGGGGUGCAUUGCAAGCUGGUAUAUUGAGGCCAAAAACGUUGCAAGCAGUGGAUGUGCCAGUCAUCGACAACAGAUUAUGUGAGAGGUGGCAUAAAUCAAAUGGAAUCAAUGUUAUUAUUCAUGAUGAAAUGAUGUGUGCAGGAUACAGAGGCGGUGGAAAGGAUUCAUGUCAGGGUGACUCAGGAGGACCUCUGAUGAUGGAGAGAACAGGACGGUGGUACUUGAGAAUCGUCUCAGCUGGUUACUCUUGUGCUCAAAGAGGGCAACCUGGUAUUUACCACAGGGUAGCUCACACAGUCGAUUGGAUAUCAUACAUCAUCAAUUCAUAGAAAACAGAGAAAUCUCCCCUCGAUUCAAACCACCUCAAAACUUCGCUUGACUAAACAUUUUUGUACUGUGUUUUAGUCAAAGAAAACACUUAAUGAAGUCUAGAAGUCAUUGAUAUCACCCUGACAACGUUCAAUGGGUGAAUCACUUCAUCAAGCAAUGCGAUGUUAUCAAGAUUGUGUUUAAACCAAAUAUUGCCAGGAAUGCUUUGAGAAAGUUUGAAUACAUUGUUUUCUGUAAAUAGUGAAGUGCCGGAAAUAUUCAAUAGAAUUGCCUUCGAAUGCUUUCGAGAGAGUUAGAAUACAAUUUGUUUUCUGUGAAAUAGUGAACUGCCGGAUAUACUCAAGAGAAUUGUUUCCCGAUUUUUCCACAU